UGCCAUUGCUCGUCCUCCUGAUGUUGGUCGCUGCUGGGUUCGUCAAGCGGUGGGAGUGCGGGUAGGCCCAAGGCGAUUGAUUUUGCGGAAGUGGCUCCCCGCGUGUUCUCCAGUGCUUCUCGCUGUGAGAGGAGGGCGGAACCCACUGCAGCUUGACUAAGGCAACCCCAAUCAGGACAUCUUCCGUCAAACCAACCGAACAUGACCACCCAAACCCCCGACUACGCCCCCCAUCUGGCGUCCGCCCUCUCCAUCGCCCGCACCGCCGGCGCCACAAUCCACACCGCCUUCCACAACCGCACCUCCCUCCACAUCGACCUCAAAAACGCCAACGACGCCGACCUCGUCACCCAAGUCGACCGCAACGUCGAGGCAGCCAUCUUCUCCCACCUCCGUGCUCAGUUCCCCUCCCACAGAUUUGUCGGCGAGGAGGGCACCGCGGCUGCGGGGGACGCGCAUACCGGGUUGGGUGAUCACGCUGAGGAUGAUACCCCGACAUGGGUGGUGGAUCCGGUGGACGGGACGACGAAUUUCGUGCAUGGAUUCCCGUUCGUGGCGGUUAGUAUCGCACUGGUGGUCCGCGGGAUUCCCGUUGUUGGCGUCGUGCAUAACCCGGUCAUGAACGAGACAUUCCACGCUGUGAUCGGUCAAGGCGCUUUCUUGAACGAUGUGCCCAUCCCGACCCCGCCGCUUCGCCCGUUGGCCUCCCUCGCGUCCGCGUUGAUUGCGACGGAAUAUGGGUCGGAUAGAGGGGAGGAGAUCUUGGGCCCGAAAGUGCAUGCGUUACAUGAUAUUGUCUCUUCACCGGCACGCGGCGUGCGCUCCCUCGGUUCCGCAGCGCUGACGAUGUGUUAUGUCGCGCGCGGAGCGUUGGAUGCGUAUUGGGAGGCGGGGGUGCAUGCGUGGGAUGUGGCAGCUGCGGCGGUGAUUUUGACCGAGGCGGGUGGGUUGGUUGCGAAUUGGAAGGAUGUGAAUGCUGGUGGGGCUGUGAAGUAUGAUUUGUGUGCGCGGAAUGUAGUGUGUGUGAGAAAGACGCCGGAGGGAGCGCAGGCGAGGAGUAUUUUGGAGGGGAUUAGGGGGAAAUUGACGCCGGUGGAGUACACGAGGGAUUGACUCUUUCAUGUCCACAAGUAGUCGCUUAAUUUACAACAAAACUAGAAAUAAAGAUAAGCCGGCGAAAUGCUUUACACAUGCAGGAAAGCAACGAGUGAUUCUACAGACUGCAUAAACUACUUGCCCCCUACUCAAAAAUCACUAUCACUCCCACUCUCCCCCCUCUGAUCCCACCUCUCCCUCUUCCC